AUGAGACAACAUAGAAAUAGCAUUCUAGAAAUUAAAGGAAGCAAUGGAGUUGUUGUGGAUGAUCCUAGUCUUAUAACGAAUGAGGCUGUUAAAUUUUAUAAGAACCUGUUUGGGGCUAAGCAAGAGGAUGUGGGAUUAUGUCCUAGUGAUAUCCUUUUGCGUGGUACCCUUUCCAUUGACCAGCAAGAGAUGUUAGAAAAAACUGAUUCUAGUGAAGAGAUCAUGAAGGUUGUGUUUGCUAUGAAGAGCACAAAGGCUCCUGAUGGGUUUGGUGCUAGUUUCUUCAAACACUCUUGGGAAAUUGUAGAAGAGGACCUUACAAUUGUUGUCAAGUGGCUUUUUAGAAAUGCUUUUAUGCCAUCAUCUAUUAAUGCUACUUUUCUCUACCUAAUCCCUAGGUCAAAUCAGAGGACAUCAUUUGCUAGGUUUAGGCCUUUUGCAUUGUGCAAUAUCUUUUAA